UAAAGAAAAUCAAACAAGCCUUUCCUAAUCUCUUCACUUCCAUUUAAAUCACAUUCUCCCUUCUAAAACAAGAACAACAUUACAAACCAUUAAACCCAAGAGAGAGAGAACCCAUGAAGCUGGACAGAGAAGUCUCUCACCCCAUUCACCCCCAACACAGACUCAAGAUCGAGUACACCGAGAAACCAUUCAGCUGCGAUGGGUGUAAGGAAGCCGGCAUCGGCCUCAAAUACAAAUGCGAUGCCUGCGAGUUCGACCUGCACAAAGCAUGUGCACUCGCACCGCCGGCGAUAUCUCAUCCAUUCUACAAGAAAUGCGACUUCCGCUUCUACAAGAAGCCUCCUGGCACCGUGAUGCGUAUCUGUGAUGCGUGCAGCAAAGAUGUUCAGGGGUUCGUGUAUCACUGCAAUCGGUGCGGAUUCGACCUGCACCCAUGUUGUGCCAACCUCCCACAGACACUCGACGAUGGAGAACGCAACCUCUACCUUUGCAUGAAGCUGUCGAGCGCUUGCCAUUGUUGUGGUGGGAAGGGGCCAGGAUGGUCUUACAGGUCUGAGUGCAAGAACUAUAACCUUCAUGUGUCAUGUGUGAAGGAGCUGCUUGUAGAGAGCUGGCAAGCUAUGUAUCUGAACGGAGAUAAGAACAAGGUAAGAGAGAUGCAAACAAGGAUUCCAAGCCUCAGAGGGAUGAUGGUGAAUCAUCAUAGAGGGAGAGGUGGGAAGGUGAGGAGGUGCUGUCAGAUCGCUGGUGGAGCUGUCCGCGUUAUAGUUUCGGCCAUUCUUGGAGAUCCAACGGCUAUCAUUGCUGCUGUGGUUGGAGGGUUCAUAUCCAAGUAGUAGGGGCACAAGGCCCCCACACGUGCAAAACUAUCAUGUGGUUGCUAGAUCCUGGCCGUUCGUCAUGUGGGCCUCGUGGCGAGUUUGCCUGAGCCUGAAAGUGGGGCUGGCUCGUUUAUUUGGUGCUCGCUCGUGUGCAUUGAGUUUAGGCGUUGGUUAUUUGUUUCAGCACAUGUGGCCCAAUAUAAAAAUGAGCCAGCUUGGUCUUAGGGAUUAGUGGGCAUUUCGCUAUGAUGUCUGGUGAAUGAACGGCCUGGAUCUUGUACACGUGUCAAACGUUUGCACAUGGGGGAUCUUGUGUUUGGAGUAUGCAGAUGGGCCUUCACAUAGCAUCCCUAAAUUAGAAGGAUGGUGUUUGGUAUUUCUCUUCUCCGUGUUUGGAUUUAGGACACUUGAAUAUAUGUACAUAUGUUUGCUGUUUGUGAUGUAUGCUUGCUGUUGUUCUCCUUAUUUUUAUGCGAUAGAUUUGUUGUUCA